AUGGCGUCCUCGCAGCCCCUGGAACUGGUAGUCUUGGGGAAUGGCACAGGGCCCAGCCAGCGAGCCCCCGUGGGGGGGUCUUCGGCACCAUGGACAGCCCCUUGCUCCGGGAUCGAGAACACCUCCUUCCAGGGGGAGGAGGACGAGGAGGGGGCAGGGACCUCCUUCCGGAGUGGCCAAGGCACGGGGAGCAGCCCCAGGGAGAGCACUGCUCCCCCCCGUGGAGACCUUUCCCCGAGAUCGGAGGAUGCCCCUUCGCCGGACACCGCUGGGAACUCCACGGACUACGGCUUCAUCUUGGCCUUAGUGUUCCUGGUCAGUGGGAUUUUGCUAGUGAUUGUGGCCUACAGCAUCCCCCGGGAGGCGCGGGUGAACCCCGACUCCGUGUCCGCCCGAGAGAUGGAGCGGCUGGAGCGGUACUACGCCCGCCUGGGCUCCCGCCUGGACAAGUGCAUCAUCGCGGGCCUGGGCUUGCUGACUCUGGGCGGGAUGCUGCUCUCCGUCCUCCUCAUGGUGUCCAUCUACAAGGGGGAGCUCUACAGGAGAAGGACUUUCCCUGCCUCCAGGGCCCCACGGAAGACGUACGGCUCUAUCAACCUGAGGAUGAGGCAGCUCAACGGGGAAGGGGGACAAACCUUGGUCGAGAAUGAGGUCAUCACCGAAGCUGCCGCCGUCGGCCAGAACGACUGA